AUGGCAGCUGCAGCGCCUCCACCGCCUCCAACAGCAGCACCAGAGCCAAACAUGGUGCCGGAGACUUCCCCGAUCGGCCACCCAGUCUUCUCCCGCAUCCGCCUCGCGACUCCUUCCGAUGUCCCUUUCAUCCACAAGCUAAUCCACCAGAUGGCCGUCUUCGAGCGCCUCACCCACCUCUUCUCCGCCACCGAGUCCGGUCUCGCCUCCACUCUCUUCAACGCUCGCCCAUUCCAAUCCUUCACCGUCUUCCUCCUCGAAGUCUCCCGCUCUCCGUUCCCCAACGUCGUCGCGUCUCCCGAUUUCACCCCUUUUGUCAAAACGCACAACCUCGAUCUCCCGAUCGAUGACCCGGAGUGCUACAAUUUCUCGCCGGAUAUGUUAAACGACGUCGUGGUGGCCGGAUUCGUCCUCUUCUUCCCGAAUUACUCGAGCUUUCUGUCGAAGCCUGGUUUCUACAUCGAGGACAUCUUCGUGAGAGAGCCUUACAGGAGGAAAGGGUUUGGGAGUAUGCUGUUGACGGCGGUGGCGAAGCAGGCCGUGAAGAUGGAUUACGGGAGAGUUGAGUGGGUCGUGCUUGAUUGGAAUGUGAAUGCGAUGAAGUUUUAUGAGCAGAUGGGUGCUCAGAUUUUGCAGGAGUGGAGAGUUUGUAGGCUCACUGGUGAUGCUCUUCUCGCUUUCGAUAAGAGGAAACCACACAAUACACUCUUUUCAACGUCUAGAAGGACAUUGCUCGGCUUAAAGGUCGCAAUGAGCGUAGCAUAUAAAAGUCAUUGUGGCGGCGUGAGACCUGGCAGGGGAGGAAACCUAAAGCCAGGGAAGCCAGGGAAGCCAGGGAAACUGGGAAUUGAUCCCGGAGGGGAUGACUGUGAUGGCAAUGGAAACGGGAACCUAAAUUGCGGAAAGCCAGGGAAGACGGGAGUCAAUCCUGGAGGUGAUGACUGUGACGGUAAUGGAAACGGGAACCUAAACUGUGGAAAGCCAGGGAAGCCGGGAUUCGAUCCCGGAGGGGAUGACUGUGACGGUAAUGGAAACGGGAAACUAAAGCCAGGGAGGCCAGGGGAACUGGGCAUGGAUCUCGGUGGCGAUGACUGUGAUGGAAAUGGAAAGGGAAAUGGUAACAUAAAGCCAGGGAUACCGGGAAUGGAUCCUGACUGUGGUGGCAUAUCAGCUUUUAUUUCAACAGUCGGCUUCAGAUCGUUGAGAGAGCGAGCUGCGGUUGUUUCGAACGUGAGUUGGAAGAUCAAGAUUAUGGUUAGGGCUAAAGUGGUGGUGGUGACUGGAGAAGCCAUGUUUGUUUAUGUGCUUUUUUUGCUUGUGUCUUGCAAUAGCAGAUGUUUAGUGUGA